CCUUUUGCCCGGUCGUUCUGUUUCAAUGUCUCGAUAUGCCUCGCUUGUUUCGGUGUUGUACGGAUUUCAUAUGAUCAGACGCGUGGAUUACGCUCGUUCUGUGUGUAUCUUCCAUUCUUUAUAUUGUUCUUGAUGACAAGAUGUGAUUACUCGUUGUCUUUAUUUAGUGAUUCGCCGUGAGGAUUCUUUUGGUGUAGUUCGAUUGGUUUUUGCAUCUUUGUGGUUCUCAUUUGGUCGGUAGUGUAUUCGGUGUUGGAUCCUUGGCUGCUUAGCUGAUUAAUUGGGAAAGUUGCUGUGAUUGAAAUUGUGAGAGUAAUGUCUUCGGCAUCUAAAGCUAAGUUGAUAGACAAAUUAUCUGCAAAGGCAGUCAAAGGACAAGACAAAGUCUCUUUAAAGGCUUCAGCUAUUCCUAACCAUGGAAACGAUGUUCCUUCAAAUGUCUAUAAUCCUGAUUCAGGGACAUUCCACAAUAUUGAUACAACAUCUUCUGGGUCCUUGCUGAUGAGCCAAAAUAGUGGACGUUUCAGAACCAUAGAUGAAACUGAGGAUCAUUCUUUUAGUUCAUUUGCUACCACUGGCGAGUUUGAUUCAAUUUAUAACCAUAAUGGCUACUCUGGCGAAGAGGACCAGAAGGAGAAAACUACUAGCAGUUGUGGACCUCGCAUAGAAUCUAUACUUGGCUGUGACAUAGACAAGCGUGAGAAAAUUCGGCAGAAAAAUGAGAGAAAGCAUCAACGACAGAAGGAAAGACGGGCUCAGGACCUGCAUGAGCGUUGUAGUAAUUAUCUCAUAUCUAGGAAACUAGAGAUGCUUGCUCAAAAAAUUAUAGUAAUGGGGUUCUCUUCUGCAGAGGCGACAAUGGCUCUUAUACAAAAUGAAGGACGGGUUGAAGAGUCCAUUGCUUGGCUACUUGAACUGAGUGAAGAAAGCAGGCACCAUACUGCAGCCAAUGUGGAUAGUUCCAACAGUCCGAAAAUAGACAUCACUCCUGAGCUUGCAAAGAUAUCAGAGAUGGAGUUGAAGUUUAAAUGCACGAGGCAGGAAGUUGAAAGGGCUGUGGUUGCAUGUGAGGGUGACUUAAAGAAGGCUGAAGAGACAUUAACGGCAGAUAAACAAGAAGUUAAAGCUGCUUCAUCAAAAUUGGAAGAGGCAGAUGACUCUGUCUCAGUAAAUGAUUUUGAUAAUAAGAUGGCAAUGCCUGUCCAGACUGCCUUGUCAAUACCUAAGCAAAAUAGAUUACUUCCCGAUGGCACCUCACAACUUAGAGAUGAACGAGAUUUAAACUAUAACAAAACCGUGACAAUGGAGGCAGUGAAAUCCACUAAUAAGAAUUUGCAUUCCUUGAGAAGGAUACUGCCUAAGCCUGAUUGGGGAAGGCCCCAAGUUGUUCCGCCCAUUGAUCAAAGGUGGUCAAUUGCUAGCACUGCUCCAUCUGUCUCCUGCCCUUGGUCAUCCUCUUUGCAGGUUGCUGUUCCUCUAACCAACCGAUUUGCAAUGACAAGUAAUGAACCAAAGCCUACCUUGCCAACAAUAACAUUGAGGGAUCCUGUCAUGGUAAUGCCGAAGCUCCAGUCUAGUCAUACCAAACAAGAUCCUGCAUCAGCAAUCCGGAACAUUAGUGCAACUCCACCAGCUUCCACAAGAUGGUACCCAAACAAAGUAUCUAGCAUGGAGAUGAUGUUGGAAAAUGGAGGCCUAGGACCUAGCUCGCCCUACUUGGGUUUGCAUGGCUCUAGUGCCCAACAAUUUGUAGACCAUAAUAAUUUCCUAUCUGGGUCUCGCAUGGCGGAGUCCUUUGUGAGUAACUGGGAUGCUGGUCCAUUCAAUUUUCCAAGUUCAUCAGCAUCAUCACUCAUGGUGCCUUCUUCCCUUGGUCUCUUUACUGGCUCACCUUCUGGGCUAUCUUCUACAUCUUCAGUUAACUGGAGUUCGGAUGGAUCAACACUAUGUGAUUAUACUUCUAUAGAUUGGAGCAUGGAUACAGCCGUUCUGAAGCCAUCCAUCAAGAACACUAACUUGUCUUUGACAUGGUCUACUAUGUUCAUGGGCGGCAAAGCGCCGAGGCCUGCUAUGAACUCAGCUGAUGGUGCCUACAUUGCUGGGUUGCAGGAUGGUAGUCUGGUGCACGAAGACUCCAUGAACUUGUCUGGCUCUCAUGAUUGGUCUUCCCCUUUUGCAGGGAACGACCUACUUAGCGUACUUAGGCGCUAUUUCACUAACUCUUCGAUCUAAGAAACUUGUAAGAUGCAAAAAAGGAGAAAGUAUAAAGAAGAAAAAAAGAAAUGGAUUUAUUGUUGUUUGAUCCUCUGUAUUGAAAUUUUAUACCUUGACUCCUCUUUACUAUAUGAACAAAUAUGCAUCCACACGGUGCAUUGCAAUGUUCUUGAUCA